AUGGCUAGCACAACAAUCACAAACCGUCGGACCUAUCUGCCCAUCACAUCCACCGUAAACCUUCAGCUUCCCAUGACAACCCGCCAGAUUAUGACCGCAACCCAGCUACAGCAGCCUGAUACAUACGUCACCGAGCGCGAUAUCUACAACCUUCGCGCAAAGGUUAAUCAGGACUUCCUUAAGGGCCGUACUCCGAUCCAAGCACUUCUUAUAGAGCUUCUAACAGACGGUAAAUAG